UUUUCAGCUGGCAUUCAUUUCUUUCUCAUCGAUGCCGAUUAGGGCAGGCGUUUCUCCGUUGAUCGAAAUCACUCUAAUCCGUAGUAAUCCACACUAUCUAGACGUAGAAUACGAGCACUAGAUUGUCGAGGGCCGAGAUUGUGGGUGAUUAUUUAGUGUCGUCCAACAUAUUGUUCAAGGAAAGUUUUGAAUAUAUCUUGUGCUACUUCACAUCAAUUGGAAAAGCUUUGCUGUAAAAGGUUGCUCCUUUGUCGAGCAAUGGAUCCUGGCCGCUAUGGUCAUCAUCAAGGAUGGGAAAAUAACAGCGCUUUGGAGGGUUAUGGUGCUGUUCAUGAUUCAAACUUUCGGGAUGGUGGAUCUUAUGAUGAUAGGAGGUUUAUAGAUGAAAGGUUCUCAAGGGAAAAUGUCUACCCAAGGGGUGCCUUUCAUCGAGAUGUCUUGGAGAGUGAUAACUAUCCCCCUCCACCGCUGUCAGUUGGUAUGUGGCCACAAACAAGGAGGAGAGGAUAUGAGGAGGAAUAUUAUGAGAGGGAUUAUAGACGGCCUGCGAGAUAUGGAGGGCGUGACCAUGAUGACUAUGGAUAUGAUGAUUAUGACUACAAAUCUCGUGGCACUCAGCAAAGCAGGGGGGACAGCCGUGAUAAAGAUUAUGAUUAUGGAAGAUCAAGUUAUGAUUCAGAUUAUGAUCGAGGCAGCAGAAGGGAUGGUAAUUGGAGAAGGCGUGAAUCUCGGGACCGUGAGUGGGACAGGAGAGGUGUGAGUCGGGAAAUGGAUGAAAGCCCAUAUAGGAGACAUGAACAUUCUCCUUCACGCUCUCGAUCUCGUUCCCAUGGUCGCGAUGAUAGGCUAAAAUCUAGAUCUCCUCGAGGCCGGAGUCUUAGUCGAAGUCACAGGGAAGACAGCUAUGAUGACAGCCGCUAUGAUAGAUCGGAUAGGCGAAGAGACCGUGAUGAUAGGCGAUACCAUGAUCAUUAUUCUGUAGCUCCCUCUGCUACAGUAGUGGUAAAGGGUCUUUCUCAAAAGACAACUGAGGAAGAUUUGUAUCAGAUCCUUGCUGAAUGGGGCCCCCUUCGCCAUGUUCGUGUUAUUAAAGAGCGAAGAACUGAUAUCUCUCGUGGAUUUGCCUUUAUUGAUUUUCCUUCUGUGGGUUCAGCACAAGCAAUGAUGGAUAAACUUGGGAAUGAAGGUCUACUUGUUGAUGGUAGGAAGCUCUUCUUUGAAUACAGCUUUGACUAUUGUUGCAGUAGUAAGCCAACUGGGGGAGCUAAUGGAUCUCUUGGAACUGAUGGUGCAUCCAGGUCAGGUGGCCAUAGAAGUAUCAUGGUGCCAUCAGAUUGGAUGUGCAUCAUAUGUGGCUGUGUCAAUUUUGCGAGAAGAACAUCUUGUUUUCAGUGUAAUGAGCCUAGAACAGAAGAUGCUCCCCCAGCUGAUAUGGCAUCAUCAAAUCCGACAUCUACUGGCAAGAGAGGCGAAGCAGGUCCCACCCAUGUUCUUGUUGUCCGUGGAUUGGAUGAAAAUGCUGACGAGGAAAUGCUUCGUUAUGAAUUUGCUAAGCAUGCUCCCAUUAAGGAUUUGAGACUUGUUAGAGACAAGUUCACACAUGUCUCAAGAGGAUUUGCAUUUGUUCAUUUCUUUUCAGUUGAGGAUGCUACUAAAGCACUUGAGGCAACAAACGGUACUAAUUUGGAAAAAAAUGGCCAGAUUCUUCGAGUCGCCUAUGCCAAAAGUGUUGUUGGACCCGGCUCAGCUGCUUCUGGAGCUUCUCAGUCAAGCAGCCUUGCUGCUGCUGCAAUCGAAGCAGCAACAUUUGCUCAGCAGUAUGAUGCAGUUGGUUGGGCACCUAAAGAAUAUAAUCCAGAUGAUAAUCAAGCAACUGGUGGUCAAGAGCAGGGUGGACAAGUUGCAGGUGCCCCGCAAUCUGGUUUUGUUUGGGACGAAGCCUCUGGUUAUUAUUAUGAUGCGGCGUCUGGGUUCUACUAUGAUGGAAAUACAGGUUUAUAUUAUGAUGGCAACAAUGGUAUCUGGUAUUCAUUUGAUCAACAAACCCAGCAGUAUAUCCCCUGCACCAAUCAGAAUGGCAAGACAGCUGAAAGUGAAAGUGGAACCACCAAGGCAGCAGAUGGUUCCAACAGUAGAAAAGUUGUUAUUUCUGCACCUGCUGCUACAAUAACAUCAAAUGAGAAGUCAGCUUCUUUACCAGAUGCUGUCCAGGCUGCAGCCGCUGCUGCAUUGGCUGCAGAGAAGAAGGAAAAGGAAAGAUCGAAAGAAAUAAAGCUUGCAUCCAAAACUAGCAUCCUGGCUAACAAGAAGAAGAUGAACAAUUUCUUGAACAUGUGGAAGCAAAGAAGUCAUGAGGGUCAAGCACCACGUGUGGCCGUUGAUGACAGCCAACUCUCAGCUUCUGCUGUAGAGAGAGCUGGGCCUACUUCAUCUGCAAAGACCAAGUUCAAAAAUGAAGGACCUGCAGCAAAAGAUAACAUUAUGGUUCCAUCAGGAAAUACAGCUACCUCAACUCAAUCAACUGGUCUGGAAUCCCAAGACAGGUCAAGGACGGUUAUUUCGAGUUCAGGGGGAGGUCUGAAAGGGGUUAUCAGGGGUUCUGGAAUGGGGGUGGUGAAAUCAGAUACUGUUUAUGGAGGUGCGGGGGAAGUUACCCCCAGUUCAUCAUUUGGUAUGCCUUCUGUGGGAUCUGCUUCGCUGGCAGAGGCAUCCUCAAUGUCGAUGCCAUUCAGAACAGAUGCUUCUGCAUUAGGUUCUUAUGCUCCAGCUUCUUCUGCUGGAACUGGUAAACGAAGGUUUUCGGAGAUGCCAGCUUCAUCAGUUGGCAAUAAAGAUCAGUCUCAAACUCCAUAUAGAGACCGGGCAGCUGAGCGAAGAAGUUUGUAUGGUUCAUCCCCAGGCUUUGGGGAUAACUCUGGAGUUGGAGAUUCAAAUCGAGAUCCAAUGUAUAGAAGGGGUGUUAUAGACUCCUCCAUUCCUUUCCCUCCUGGCGUUGGUGGUGGGAGAAGUGCUGCAGAUGCAAAUACUUAUGACGUGAUUACGGCGGACAGGGCAAUUGAUGAAAGCAACGUGGGCAAUCGGAUGCUACGCAAUAUGGGCUGGCAUGAAGGCUCGGGACUUGGGAAAGACGGCAGUGGUAUGGUAGAGCCUGUUCAGGCACAGUCUGUAGAAACCCGAGCUGGAUUGGGGAGCCACCAACCAAAGAAAGUUGAUCCAAGCUUGGAGGUGCAGGCCGGGGAUAGCUACAAAGCCGUCAUUCAGAAGAAAGCCAUUGCUCGGUUUCGGGAAAUGUCCUAGGUUGUGGUUGGGAUAUGCCAUGAAAUGUAUCUACGUGAAAACUAUGCAAUGAUUGAAUCAAUAAGCCAAUAUCUUGAGUUAGAAAUUCAGUACUAUUUUUGUCUCUGCUUUUGUAGCUCAACUGAGACUUUAUACUCUCCAUUCCCUGAUACUUCAGAGAGCUAAAAAAUACUGGGGGUGUGCCAAUUUCUUAGAUGUUCUUGACAAUGAGCUGCUUAUAUGUAUAUAUACAACACAUACAUACAUACAUUAUUCCUUAGAUCCUAACACUAUGAUAUUGUUCA